UUUACGGCCGCAGAAACGAUGAUGAUGACCAUGGAGACGAAAGCGCUGCAUGACCCAUGCGCCAGAAGUCUUUCAUUGUCGCUAGUCAACAGAACAUUUUCCUUGACUUGUACUUUUCACCUCACGAUUCAUGACGACGAAUAACCCGGGACUCACGAUGAAUGACUUCGGACCGACAUGGACGAAAGACCAACAUAAACAGCGAGCACUUUUGUACCGAGUUGAUUUACGCUACACUUCUGGAGGGUCAUAUACGACCACGACGCGUGAUUUGGGAAUGCGGAGCACUGCGGUGCUUCAGCGCUCAAUUUCGCCGAUACCUGGCUUGCAUUGUUUCCUUUUUUUUUUUCCUUCUCUUCAACAGCACUUGAGAGGACGCUUGCCUUCUUCGAAACGCGUUCCGAAAAGCGAGAAGAGCCUUAAUCUGGUUACGCUUUGGGCUCAAUUUCAAGCUCUUCAGCGAGGCGUGGGCUCAGGACUGAAAGCACAGUGUUUUUGGGGACAGCUACUGGACCGCCUUGGGGGAGAGAGUAGAUGUUACAGCAGGGACGCGCCAAUUGGUCGUUUCACGAACUUGGAGGAGCGCAUGCAUAUGAGACAAAGGACCAAAAGCUUUCACGGACGUGCAUGAACUUGAUGAGUGUGUGUGGAAUACCAGCAACCCCAGCCUGGAUCAUGCAGAUAACGAAUAUGGCUUUUUGGGGCCUAAUGCGUGUUGAGAUGAUUUGAUGGAUGGGUGGAAGGAGGAGGUAGAAAGUGUUUUGAGAAAGGAAGAGAGAGAAA